CUUUUAUUUUGCAUUGAAAUGAAUUUACAUUUAUACUAAUAAAAUUUAAAACAAAAUAGUAUUGCUAUCAUGAAUUCACAAAGUUACUUUCCAAAUUACUAUGCCGUGGAAGAUAUAUUUGUCACUCAGGAAAAAGUAGAGUGUAAAGUUAAUGCAAAGCUUUUAAAAAUGGGUUUCCUGGAUGCUGGAGCUGAAACAGAAGAUCUUAAUCCGGGCCGCAAUAUCAAUUUACCUCUAUGGUACAUUAAAGAAUUGAAAGUAAAUAAUCCGUAUUUCACCGUAAAUGUUCCAGAUAUAUAUAAAAAUGUACACAAAGCCGUGUGUGAGGCAGAAACUACACACAUAGAAUUGGGCAAAUUACAUCCAUACUUCUAUGAAUAUGGGCGCUAUUUAACUCCCUAUGAUCGCAAUCAUGUGGUGGGCAAAAUUGUAUUUGAAACAAUGCGCCAACGAGUAAGACAUUUACUGGAUAUUUCCAAAAAUUCUACUGAUUGUGGUAAACCUGAACACCGUUUAGAUGAUAUAGAAAAUAAACUGUAUGAUGCCGGCAUGAAAACAAGUACUUUGUUCACCAAUUGGCUGCAAAUGAAAUCCAAUAACAUCGCUGUAUCGGAAAUGGUGCAAGAACAUACCAAGAAACGUAAGCGUGAACGUACCAGCGAUGCUAAUGAUGAUUCGCCCGAACAAGAUCGUAAACGUCAAACACUGUAGCUUUUCGUUAUUAACAAUAAAUUUUAUUCAAACAAAAAACUUUUUUAAACAUUUUAAAUAAAUCUACUUGCUAUGGCCAGCACUUUGGUGUAAUCAGCA